UGAGACUCUAUGGAAGGGCGGAGAAAGUGGGAGGGAGAACGGAGCUCCGGGAGAGGAAGAUCCCGCUGCCAGGAUCCACCACAACGCCAGUUCGCAACGGUCACGGUGCUAGAGACGACGGUCCCUCUCCGAUUUCACCAGAGUUUUACACACAGAGAGUAACACAGCUGGGCGUAUUUUUCUUUUUUGUUUUCAAUUUGAAGCCAUUUCAUUCAUCAUUUCUAUCCUGUACUUUCAAUCUACGACGUUCGGCAUUGAUCGAAAGGAGCCUGCCGUCUUUUUUCGCCAUUAAAGAUGCCUCUGGGUGCCGGAGAAAAGUCGGCCGUCUGGCUCUUGGCCCUUUUCGUAAUCACACUGCCGAUUGUUUUGGCCCAAGUUCCGCAAGCCAAAACGAACGUCCGCGAAAAGGAGAAACAAAUCCUGGACAAAAUUCUGCAGCCCAACCUUUACGAUAGAAGAAUCCGUCCGUCAGGAGCCAAUGGAACAGAUGGACCAACGAUUGUCGUCAUCAAUUUGAUGUUCCGCAGUUUCCCGACCAUUAGCGACAACAAGAUGGAAUAUUCGACCAUCUUGACGUUCCGAGAAGAAUGGCUGGACGAGAGACUCAAGUACAACGAUUUCAAUGGCAAAAUCAAAUAUCUGACGCUAACGGAUCCCUACAAAGUCUGGAUGCCCGACCUCUUCUUCUCCAACGAGCGUGAGGGACAUUUUCACGAUAUCAUCGUCCCCAACGUUUACGUCCGCAUCUUUCCCAACGGCGCUGUCCUCUACAGUAUUCGUAUAUCACUGACGCUUUCGUGUCCGAUGAACCUCAAGUUGUAUCCGCUCGACAGACAAACAUGCACUCUCUCCAUGAUCAGCUACGGAUGGACCACCGAAGAUUUGGUGUUCCAGUGGAAGCAGGUCGAUCCUGUUCAAGUGGCGAGAAACAUGCACCUACCCCGUUUCAUCCUCGAAAAGUUUCAGACGGAUUUGUGCAACAGCAUCACCAACACAGGCGAGUACUCGUGUCUGAAAGUGAACUUGCUGUUCAAACGCGAGUUCUCCUACUACCUGAUCCAGAUCUACAUUCCCUGCUGCAUGUUGGUCAUCGUCUCGUGGGUUUCAUUCUGGCUGGAUUCGAAUGCCGUUCCGGCUCGCGUCUCGCUAGGAGUGACCACUCUACUCACGAUGGCCACCCAAACGACCGGCAUCAAUAACUCUCUGCCGCCCGUCUCCUACACAAAGGCUAUUGACGUGUGGACGGGUGUUUGUUUGACGUUCGUGUUUGGCGCUCUGCUGGAGUUUGCGCUGGUCAAUUACGCCUCGCGUUCGGACGCCCACCGGGAGAAACUGAAAAAGCAAAGGCGCCAGUGGGAAAUGGAAAGGGAGCGGGACCAACAAGCUCUGGUGAUGGAGGCCGCAGCGGCCGUUGUCGAAAGCCGGAUGGAUGACGGCUCCACUACAUUUGCCAUGAAACCAUUACCUCGACUACGAAAUGACGGCAUCUCGCUAGACAAGUCACGUCCCCAACAUUCAACUUACGACUUCCACCUCGGGAUCCGGAGCUCCUCCGCCAGUAAUAAUUCAAACUGUUGGCGAUCGUGGAUCUCCAAAUUUCCGUCGCGCUCCAAGCGCAUUGACGUCAUCUCUCGCAUCAUCUUCCCGGUAAUGUUUGCACUUUUCAACUUGAUCUACUGGUCCACCUACCUCUUCCGUGAAGGAAGUGAAGAAGAGUAAAGCAAAGAAAACAAAUAGAAAUGGCGACCGGACUGUUUAAGAAACUGAAGAGCUGAACCUUUCUAUAGCUCUUUUCCGUUACGUAUUUCAUCGUGUCUCUCGCGUUCCAAUACCCACCAUCGCUCCUCUAUCCUCUAUUUGUUAUUUCAACAAGACAUUCAGUUACCGAUGUCGCGCUCAACCAAAUUUCAGAGCUAAAAAAAAAUAAGGUUGUUCUAAGAAGAAAAACAAAUGACAAAAAAAGAUGGUAUAAUGACACACUGCUCAGAUUUUGAAUUUGAAUUUGUACUGUACACGUUGGCUGUCACUCUUGUAUAACUAAAGACAAUCUAUUCGAUUCAGUAACUAUUUUCUCAAUGUGUGAUUUGUGACAUUUUUCCUUUUGGCGCCAGACGGUUUCCAGCAGCCAUUGCUGGCCCGCGCCAUUCGUUAACAAACGGAAGACGCCCUCCCUCGUCAUCAAAUGUCACCAAAUUCAAACUUAUCAAAUCUGCUGUUGUCUGUUCGACGUUAUAAUAUAUCAAUCAAAUAGCUGUUGUCGUGUAAGCUUUUAUUCCCUCCGUUCAAAGGUGUUUCCCCCACACUAUUUGAUGAUAUUCAUGAAAGAAAAAAUAAAGAGAAAAAGAAAUAAAAACUAAUUCAAUACACACACAUGUAUUCUCGCUGCAAUGAGAAACACAUCUCCAUUUUGAAAUGUAUCAAUCAGAAAUCGUCGCUCAGCGUUUGGUUGAAGGUUUUCAACGGAUCGCUCUCCUGUUCCGAGCUGUUUGCGACUGUAGUUGAAUCUAAUGAAAUGAUCUGGCCGGAUUGAUUGACUGGCGGAACGGCAGAAAGCGCAGGAGCCUCGACGGCGUCCAGU